CCGCCAGAUUGGAAACAGUCUCCCUGAAGCUUCCCAGACCCUACUUCUGGACCACUUUCCGCUCUGAAAUCUCCCGAAAAUUCGGUUAAUUUAGGCUUAGAAGAACAGAGAAACAAUACUCCCGGUACCGGACUGGGAGUAAACUACAAAGCGAGAGAGCAAUGGUGAUUCGGGGGAAGCAGCCCAGCAGCAGCGAGCUGUUCCUGCUGUGCCUUUUUCUGGGGCUGUCGUCGGAAGCUUGGGCCGGGAAGAUCCGAUACAUGGUGCCAGAAGAGACAGACAAAGCUUUCUUCGUGGGCAACAUCGCUGAAGACCUGGGGCUACAACCUCAGGAGCUCACAGAGCGCAGAGUUCGCAUCAUCUCUAGAGGUAGGACACAGCUUUUUGCUCUGAACCCUCGAAGUGGCAGCUUGGUCACAGCGGGCAGGAUAGACCGGGAGGAGCUCUGUGCUCAGAGUGUGCAGUGUCUGGUGAGUUUUAACAUCUUGGUAGAGGAUAAAAUGAAGCUUUUCCCUGUUGAAGUGGAAAUAAUUGAUAUUAAUGACAACGCUCCCCAAUUUCAGUUAGAUGAAGUGGAAUUUAAAAUGAAUGAAAUAACUACUCCAGGUACCAGGAUCCCUCUACCUUUUGGGCAAGACCUUGAUGUGGGUAUGAAUUCACUACAUAGCUACCAGCUCAGCUCCAAUCCUCAUUUCUCCCUGGAUGUGCAAAAGGGAGCUGAUGGAUCCCAACAACCAGAGAUGGUGCUGCAGAGUCCCCUGGAUAGGGAAGAAGAAGUUGUGCACCACCUCCUCCUCACAGCCUCUGAUGGGGGUAACCCAGUCCGUUCAGGAACCCUCCGCAUUCAUGUGCAGGUGAUAGAUGCAAAUGACAACCCUCCAGCAUUUACUCAAGCACAGUACCACAUGAGUGUCCCAGAGAAUGUGCCACUGGGCACUCAGCUGCUUAUGGUUAAAGCUACUGACCCAGAUGAAGGAGCCAAUGGGGAAGUAACAUACUCAUUUCACAAUAUAGACCACAAAAUAGCCCAGAUAUUUCAGUUGAAUUCUUACACAGGAGAAAUAUCAAAUAAAGAAGCCCUGGAUUUUGAAGAAUAUAAAAUUUAUUCAAUGGAAAUUCAGGCUCAGGAUGGUGCAGGCCUCAUGGCCAGAGCUAAGGUGCUGGUCAAAGUUCUGGACAUAAAUGAUAAUGCCCCAGAGGUGACCAUGACCUCUGUCACCACUUCAGUCCCAGAAAACUUUCCUCCUGGAGCUAUAAUUGCUCUUAUCAGUGUGCAUGACCAGGACUCUGGAGACAAUGGUGACACUACAUGUUCCAUUCCUGGAAAUCUACCCUUUAAAUUAGAAAAGUUGGAUGAUAAUUAUUACCAUUUAGUGACAGAAAGAACUCUGGACAGAGAACUUACCUCCAGGUACAACAUCACAGUAACAGCAACAGAUCAGGGAACUCCAGCUCUAUCUACUGAAACCCACAUUUCACUGCAAGUGACAGAUAUCAACGACAAUCCCCCUGUUUUUCCCCAGGACUCCUACUCUACCUUCAUUCUGGAAAACAAUCCCCGAGGUGCCUCCCUCUUCUGUGCAACAGCCCAUGAUGCCGACAGCAAUGAGAAUGCACUAGUCACUUACUCCUUGGUGGAGGACACCAUCCAGGGGGCACCUCUGUCCUCGUAUGUUUCCAUCAACUCAGACACUGGCGUUUUAUAUGCCUUGCGAUCCUUCGACUAUGAGCAGUUCCGGGACCUUCAACUGAGAGUGAUGGCGUGUGACAACGGGGACCCACCGCUCAGCAGCAAUGUGUCGCUGAGCCUGUUUGUGCUGGACCAGAACGACAACGCUCCGGAAAUCCUGUACCCCGCCCUCCCCACCGACGGUUCUACCGGCGUGGAGCUGGCGCCCCGCUCCGCAGAGCCCGGCUACCUGGCUGAAAACGGAGCUUGA